AUGGCGAGCAAGCCGGGCGUCCUGGCGCCCCUGCUGGGCCUGGGCCUGGGGCUGGCCCUGAGUCUGUCCGGGUCGGGAGCUGCGGAUUGCGGGUCCCUGGGCCCGGCCGAGCGCCUGGCAUUCACCCCUGCUGCUAAGGCCCGGUGGCUGGCCCCUCGAGUUCGGGAGCCAGGGCCCCUGGACCCCCUCUACAGCACUGUGCGCCGCUUCCUCUCCGUGGUGCAGCUCAACCCCUUCCCCUCCGAGCUGGUGAAGUCCCUGCUGAACGAGCCAUCCUCUGUGAAGGUGGAUGAGGUGGUGCGGUAUGAGGCAGGCUACGUGGUGUGUGCUGUCAUCGCUGGCCUCUACCUCCUGAUGGUGCCUACCGCUGGGCUCUGUUUCUGUUGCUGCCGCCGGCGCCGGCGCUGUGGGGGCCGAGUGAAGACAGAGCACAAGGCCAUGGCCUGUGAGCGAGGCACCCUCAUGACUUUCCUGCUGCUGACCACCCUCGUGCUGCUGAUUGGCAUGGUCUGUGCCUUUGUCACCAACCAGCGCAUGCACAAGCAGAUGGGCCCCAGUGCCGAGGCUGUGCCUGAGACUCUACUCAGCCUGCGGGGCUUGGUCUCUGAUGUCCCUCAGGAGCUACAGGCCGUGGCACAGCAGUUCUCCCUUCCACAGAGGCAAGUCUUGGAGGAACUAGAUGGUGCUGGCCUGAGCAUCGGACACGCGAUCCACGCCCAGCUUGGGAGCACUGUCUACCAUGCUCUUGCCUCAGUGCUCAGCUCGGGCCAGGCCCUGCAGAUCUCUGCAGACCACCUCCGAGCCCUGAACGCCACCUUGGUGGAGCUGUGGCAGGGGCAGCGGGACUUGGAGCCAGCUGUCCGGGAGCGCCGGGAGCACCUCCUCAUCCUGCUGCAGGAUACUGGCUGCCAGGGCUGUGCAGAGGCUCUGAGCCAGGCCCACACCCUGGAGCUGGGAGCUGACUUCAGCCAGGUGCCCCCUGUGGAUGAUGUCCUGCAUCGUCUGCAGGGUGUCCCGAAAACCAAUUUCUCUGACAUGGUCGAGGAGGAGAACAGCACCUUCAAUGCCCUUCCGCUCCUGGCCGCCUUGCAGACAGCUGAUGUGGUCAAAGAGCUGAAGAAGGUGGUGAAACAGCAGCCUGAAGGACUGAGGACACUGGCCGAAGGGUUUCCAGGCUGGGAGGGGGCCUCCCGCUGGAGCCAAGCACUGGAGGAGGCGGAACAGAGCAGCCGCCCCUACCUGAAGGAGUUGCAGAGAUAUGAGAAAUACAGGUGGAUUAUGGGUUGUGUGCUGUGCUCCGUGGUCCUUCUUGUGGUGUUCUGUAACCUGGUAGGCCUCAACCUGGGCAUCUGGGGGCUGUCUGCCAGAGAGGACCCCAGCCACUCAGAAGCCAAAGGAGAGGCUGGAGCCCGCUUCCUCAUGGUGGGCGUGGCCAUCAGUUUCCUCUUCGCUGUACCCCUCAUCCUCCUGGUCUUUGCCACCUUCCUGGUGGGCGGCAACGUGCAGACUCUGGUGUGCCGGAGCUGGGAGAGCGGGGAGCUCUACAAGUUUGCAGAUACCCCAGGGAACUUGCCUCCAUCCAUGAACUUGACCCAACUUCUUGGUUUGAAGAACAUCAGCAUCUUAGUGGCCUAUCAGCAGUGCAGGGAAGGGGCCGCACUCUGGAAGGUCCUACAGCUCAAUGACACCUAUGACCUGGAGAAGCACCUGGAUAUCAACCAGUACGCUGCCAAAUUGCGGCAGAAAGUGCAGAGCCUUAAAGUGAAUGUGCAGAGUCUGGACCUGCUGAGCCCAGCUGCCCGCCGGGACCUGGAGGCCCUGAAAAGCAGUGGCAUCGAGAAUAUCCACUACCCUGGCUUCUUUGCUCAGAUCCAGAAGCCUGUGGUGAACACUGAUAUGAAGAAGCUGGCCCAGGAGCUGCAAAGACUGGCCCAGACCCAAGACAAUUCUGUGCUACAGCAGCAGCUGCAGGAGGAGGCCCGAAGGCUCAGAAGCCUCUAUCAGGAGAAGGUCCUCACCCAGCAGAACCUUGUGGCUAAGCUCAACCUCAGUGUCAGGACCCUGGCAACCUCUGCCCCACAUCUCCAGGUGAACACCUCACGUGUCCUGGACACUGUUGCUUACCUGAAAGGAGAGCUGCCUUCCUGGGCCAACCGUGUCCUGAGGAAUGAAAGCGAGUGUUUCCUGUCUCGGGAGAUGGGCUACUUCUCCCAGUAUGUGACCUGGGUGAGAGAGGAGGUGACUCAGCGCAUCGCCACCUGCCAGCCCCUCUCCGGGGCUCUGGACAAUGGCCGUGUGAUCCUGUGUGACAUGAUGGCUGACCCCUGGAAUGCCUUCUGGUUCUGCCUGGCAUGGUGCACCUUUUUCCUGAUCCCCAGCAUCAUCUUUGCUGUUAAGACCACCAAAUACUUCCGUCCCAUCCGGAAACGCCUCAGCUCCACCAGCUCAGAGGAGACUCAGCUCUUCCACAUCCCCCGGGUCACCUCCCUAAAGCUCUAAGGGGCCAGUGGGGGUGUUUGCUGGUGGCCAGCUGCCGCCCAGGGCUAUCUGCCAUCUUCCCAUUGACCUGGAUUGGACAAGAGGACUUCCGUUGCUCUUGCUGCCAGAGCCCAGGCCAGCGUCCAGGCUCCAGUUGUCCCCCAUAUCAUCACCUGACUCCAUUUUCCCUGUUCCUUUUCUAUCCCCUUCUGCUCAGAACAUCCUUCAUUCAUCCUUAAAAACACACUCAACUUCUGUUGAGCCCCAGAGCCCACAGGUACCUCCACGUGUCUGUCCCUCAUCCUAGCUGCAGUGUAGCAGCACCAGGAGGAGCCUGUUCUCCACCUUUCGGGACCCCUUCCCCAGCCCCUUGGGUGGACAGAGACUGCCUAACCCCACUCUGUCACCAUCUCCCUUCCCUUCCCUGCUCCUGCCUCCAGCCCUCCUCCCCAAGCCCCCCUCUCCCUUAUUCACAUCUGGUGCCCCCACUUGCCCCCUCCCCAGACCUUUGCUCCUCCUCCAGGGAAUCCCUUUCCUCCUUUGUCCCCUUUUUACCUCAUCCCACUACCUUGCUGGUCCGCUAGGGCCCCUCCUGCCUGACUGAACUUAUCAGGUAAAGUCACCAAGCAGUCCAGAGACUACAGCCCAGAUCUGAGCUGCCUUCAGACUCUGCCUUGUGGCCCGGAGCCCACCACUGCCCUUGGACUUGGACCCUGCACAGGCCGUGACCUGUCUGAAGCCUAAGCGUCUGGCCUGCAUCUGGGUUAGAAAUAAUGCUGCUGUGCCCCAGCUCCUCUCUGAGCACUGGGUCCCUAGGAAGGGCCCUGGGCUAGAGCUGGGGCUUCCCCACCAACCCCCAGGAGAUAGUAUCUUCAACAACCUCACCCAGCUUACUCAUGAGGGAUCUGGUGUCCUCAGCAGGCUUUUGCACUCUGGCCCUAUCCCUUCUGUCUGCUUCAUGUAGCCUAGGGUCACCCCUAAUUCAUCCCUGUGUCUUCUGUGUCCUGGACCCUGAGUUCCAAAAACAGGGACGAGGAGGAGGGGAGAGAAGAGAUGGCCAGAACUCAGAUCCAUUGAAGUGUUUGUUCUCAUGCUCCUAAGCCUUGGUCUUGGGUCCUUGACACCACAUCUCCCAGGCUGGGAUGCCUGUAUCCAGUUGGUAUUUAAUGUGUGUAUGUGGAGAGGAGAAUCCAAGGCCUCCUCUGACCGCAGGUGUGCGGGAAUCCCCCACAAUCAGCACCUGGGGCGUGGGGCACGCCCUGGGGGCAGGCGGGCCUGGGUUCACAUCUCGGCUGUAACCCUUGUUAGCUGGGGCACCUUGAACAUGCUACAUGGGCCCCUGGGCCUCAGCUUCUCCAUGUAUAAGAUGGAGAGAAGACAUAACCUCCCUGGAGGGUUACGGCAAACAUGACCGUGUGUGGAAACUGCCUGGCAGGGAACUAGCCCCAAACAAAUGCCCCAAUACUGCCUGUUUCUACCAUGGCCGCUCCAGGUCUGGGGCAGAGCUGGCCGGGGCAGGUACAGGGACGAGGGAAAUAGGUCCUUGCUUAAUGGUGCAAAGCCCUUUUAGGUUGUCUGCCAAGUUUCGGGGUGGGGGUGGGGUCUGGUUUUAACUGCAUCUUACAUACCAGCAACAUAUUUGCUCCUCGACGUUAGGAUGAUGCAUUCACAAUGUAUUGUCACAAUUGGAGCACUCUCUUAGGCGGCAUUCUUGAGUGAAGUAAAAUCACCUCUUUUUGGCUUUCCCCAGAGGUUAUUGUGCUGGUUCCUCAUCGGUUGCCUUGUGCACAGGAACUGUUACACCUUGCAUUUUAAGAAUGAAAUUGAUGGAAUAAAAAAAGACAACCAGAAAUGAUUUAAAAUUUUUUUUUUCACUUGCCUGUUUUGUGUAUUUGAACAUAACAAGCUGAGUUAUUUUUAAGUUCAAUAACUCCUGAACAUGGAGCCUCUGUGAGUCUGUUUCUCAUGUCUGUCAUUCUUCUUGGUUUUUGUUAGUUUUGUCUGUCUCCUCACUGCUUGGUGAUUUUUGAUUGAGUAUCACACAUUGUAUCUAGUCGCCUGUAGAAAUAAUUGGAAGUAGGAAGGCGUUUUCUUCCUCCAUGAUGUUCACAUCUGGCAGUUGCCUUGGGCUGUAGCAAACCAGGAAAACUUAAAUCUACUUUCAGGGAAUAUGAUGACUUGUAGCCUUUGAAGGGCUGAUCUACUUCCAGCUCAUUUGUAUUCCAGGAGUAAAGCCCCCCUGGGGGUCCCACCCCAAAGCAUGAAAUAUUUGCCAGCUGCCUCUUCCUCUUGAUGGGUUCAGUUUCCAACUUCUUAGUCCCCAAGGCUGUUACAACUCUGCUUGACAUCUUUACAGUGUCUUCUGGGACCAGUGGACCUGCACUGCCUUCCUCCCACUUGAGAGAAAGUAACCCCCAAAACCAGGCAUAUGUCUCUGUGUUUUCUUCUUUCCCCAGAUCUUGGGCCUGUGAUAAUUCACUGCCUUGUUUUCUCUCCCAAGCCCCACAUCUGACUUUUAAAAUAUACUUAUUUUGGGCCUCCCCGGUGGCGCAGCGGUUGAGCGCUGGGUUGCGAAGCUGCCCGCUACCUCUG